AUGCAGUUAGAAUUUCAUGAGGAAUCAAUUGAUGACAUGUACUCCAAGUGCAAAGAUGAGAUGACGAACAGAGUCUUUGACAAGUACUCAGAAGAACUGACAAACUACGGAUAUGGAACUCAUUGGGACAAUGAAAGCAAGAUAAAAAAACGUGAUAUUCUGACCCAACAGGAACUGCAAGCAAUUCGUGUCUACACCGAACAUAAAAACGGAGUGUAUAAAGAAUUUAAUGUUGCUGUCAGGACAGGUAGAAACAUGUAUGGUACUUCAUUUAAGUUCCACAUUUUGUAUUACCUACUUACGUCAGUUGUGCAGAAAUUAAAAACAGUAGACAAAAACAAAUGCUAUACUACUUACAGACGAAACUCAGUUCCAUUUGAACAAAUGGCAUAUAAUAUGCGAUUCGGUAGCUUUGUAUCCAGCUCUCUGACACACAGCCAGUCGGCGUAUGGAACUGAGUCGUGCUUUAAAAGCAAAACCUGCCAUGGUGCUGUAAUAGAAGACUAUUCAGCUCAUCCUGAAGAGAAAGAAGUGCUUAUACCACCCUAA